CCGCUCGCCGCCGCAGCCCCCGGACCCGGCGGAUUAUGAGCCAUGAGGCGGCUGCGGCGCUGGGCGUUCGCGGCGCUGCUGCUGCUGCUGCCGCUUCUCCCCCCGCCCGGUCUUGGGAUCCGGGGUCCUGCCGGAGCUCUGCGCUGGCGGGUCUCACCCCAGUUGGGAGUCUCAGAAGCCCCUGAGGUCACAGAGCCCAGCCGUCUCAUAGGGGAGAGCUCUGGGGGAGAGGUCCGAAAGCAGCAGUUGGACACCAGGGUCCGCCAGGAGCCACCGGGUGGCCCGCCUGCUCACCUGGCCCAGGUGAGUUUCGUCAUCCCAGCCUUCAACUCAGACUUCACUCUGGACCUGGAGCUGAACCAUCACCUCCUCUCCUCACAAUACGUGGAGCGCCAUUUCAGCCGGGAGGGGACAACCCAGCACAGCACCGGGGCCGGAGACCACUGCUACUACCAGGGGCAGCUCCGGGGGAACCCUCGCUCCUUUGCCGCUCUCUCCACCUGCCAGGGGCUGCAUGGGGUCUUCUCUGACGGGAACUUCACCUACAUCGUGGAGCCCCGAGAGAUGGCCAGGCCUCGGGAAGCCCCCCAGGGACCCCUUCCCCACCUCAUUUACCGGACCCCUCUCCUCCCAGCCCCCCUUGGAUGCAGAGAACCAGGCUGCCUGUUCAUUGCCCCCGCCCAUUCUGCUCCUCCGAACCGGCCGAGGCUGAGAAGGAAAAGGCAGGUCCGCCGGGGCCACCCUACAGUGCACAGUGAGACCAAGUACGUGGAGCUGAUCGUGAUCAAUGACCACCAGCUGUUUGAGCAGAUGCGACAGUCGGUGGUCCUCACCAGCAACUUUGCCAAGUCCGUGGUGAACCUGGCAGAUGUGAUGUACAAGGAACAGCUCAAUACCCGCAUCGUGCUGGUUGCCAUGGAAACGUGGGCAGAUGGGGACAAGAUCCAGGUGCAGGAUGACCUCCUGGAGACCCUGGCCCGGCUCAUGGUCUACCGGCGGGAGGGCCUGCCUGAGCCCAGUGAUGCCACCCACCUCUUCUCGGGCAGGACUUUCCAGAGCACCAGUAGUGGGGCUGCCUACGUGGGGGGCAUCUGCUCACUGUCCAGGGGAGGGGGUGUGAACGAGUAUGACAACAUGGGGGCCAUGGCAGUGACCCUGGCCCAGACGCUGGGGCAGAACCUGGGCAUGAUGUGGAAUAAACACCGGAGCUCAGCAGGGGACUGCAAGUGUCCGGACAACUGGCUGGGCUGCAUCAUGGAGGACACUGGGUUCUACCUGCCCCGCAAGUUCUCCCGCUGCAGCAUCGACGAGUACAACCAGUUUCUGCAGGAGGGCGGCGGGAGCUGCCUCUUCAACAAGCCCCUCAAGCUCCUGGACCCGCCUGAGUGCGGGAACGGCUUCGUGGAGGCGGGAGAGGAGUGCGACUGCGGCUCGGUGCAAGAGUGCAGCCGCGCGGGCGGGAACUGUUGCAAGAAAUGCACCCUCACUCAUGACGCCAUGUGCAGCGACGGGCUCUGCUGUCGCCGCUGCAAGUACGAGCCGCGGGGAGUGUCCUGUCGAGAGGCAGUGAACGAGUGCGACAUCGCGGAAACCUGCACCGGGGACUCGAGCCAGUGUCCCCCUAACCUGCACAAGCUGGACGGUUACUACUGUGAUCAUGAACAGGGCCGCUGCUACGGAGGUCGCUGCAAAACCCGGGACCGGCAGUGCCAAGCCCUUUGGGGCCAUGCGGCUGCUGAUCGAUUCUGCUAUGAGAAGCUGAACGUGGAGGGGACAGAGCGUGGGAACUGCGGGCGCAAGGGGUCAGGCUGGGUCCAGUGCAAUAAACAGGACGUGCUCUGUGGCUUCCUCCUCUGUGUCAACAUCUCUGGAGCUCCUCGGCUGGGGGACCUAGGAGGGGACAUCAGCAGUGUUACCUUCUACCACCAGGGCAAGGAGCUGGACUGCAGGGGUGGUCAUGUGCAGCUGGCUGAUGGCUCAGACCUGAGCUACGUGGAGGACGGCACAGCCUGUGGGCCGAACAUGCUGUGCCUGGAUCAUCGCUGCCUGCCAGCCUCUGCCUUCAACUUCAGCACCUGCCCUGGCAGCGGGGAACGCCGCAUCUGCUCCCACCACGGGGUCUGCAGCAAUGAAGGGAAGUGCAUCUGUCAGCCAGACUGGACGGGCAAAGACUGCAGUAUCCACAACCCCCUGCCCACGUCUCCACCCACAGGGGAGACCGAGAGAUAUAAGGGUCCCAGCGGCACCAACAUCAUCAUUGGCUCCAUCGCCGGGGCUGUCCUGGUUGCAGCCAUCGUCCUAGGCGGCACGGGCUGGGGAUUUAAAAACAUCCGCCGAGGAAGGUACGACCCGACCCAGCAGGGGGCAGUGUGACGCCGGCCACGUCAUCCCUCCCGCUGUCCCUGUCUCCUCCAUCUCAUUCGUCACCUCGCAUUCUGUUGAUGGGGAGCUAGGGGGUGAUUCUCCUACCCGCACUGUCACUGCUGUCACUACCGGGGUGGGAGAACUCACUCUGGGAAGAAAGUUCUCAGCCGCCCUUGCCCCCUUCUCUAGCUGCCCAUCUCCUCAGGCCUGGUCCAUUUACUCCUACCCUGCCUAAGGCCAGAUCACCCUGGCCAGGUGGACCCUGGAGCUGUGCCCCCCACAGCCCCUGUCCCCUGGGAAGGGAGCCUACUUCUGUGUCCCAUCUGUUUUGUCUUCCAUGUCACCGCUGUCUGACCUCCUGCCAGAUCCCCUCCCUGGCCAGCCUGUGAUUGCUGCCUCCAGGGCCCAGCCCUGACCUCCCAGGGCCUGGCUCAGGGGCUCUCCCCCUGGGCCCUGCCUCAUAGUCUCCCUCGAUGCCCCCUCUCCGUUCCAGGUCCGGAGGGGCCUAAGUGCCACCCCCCCUCCCUCCGAGUCUGGCACCCACCGUCUCCACCCUGAACCACGAGGCUGCCCCUGCCCAGCCACAGAGGGAGGCACCAUGCAAAUGUCUUCCGGGCCCAAGCCCUUC